AUGUCUUUUUCCGAUGAUUAUACUGUUCUUUGUUGUAACAAGGCUACUAUUCUUAACUUAUUAGACGAUUAUGACUCUCCCCCCAGUCUAAUUGUUCUUGACAAUAUAUUUUCUGGCUUUACACUGGCUUCCUUCUUGGUCAAAAAUGGCUUCUCUGAAGAUCAUUUGUUAGUCGUCGAUGAUCUUCCAGAAUCUCACUACGAUGGUUCCAAAAUGAACCAUCUUCAAAAGACUCAAAUUAAACAAGAUUCGGUCUUUUCUAAAACCCCAAUCAUCAUUGUUUCUACAACUCUAGUUAAGGAAACUUUCGAUCGAUUUAUCAUACAAUCGAUCUACCGUCAAUCAACAUUCAAAAAGUUCUGUAUUGUCGGUACCAAUGCUUCUGAGGUAUUGAACGAUUUCCAGAUUGACUCGAUUCACUGGAACUUCAAGGCUUCUGUAACCAAUCGAAAUUUCUUCUCUGAUGUUGAUGUUACCAGUUUCGGGCAGCUUGAACAAGUCCUAACAGCUCAACUUCAGUCGGCUUCAGCUCUAACUGCCGUUGUGGUGUCUGAUUUUGCUAGUUCCGGCUACAAUUUCCAAAUUCCGGGUUUUACAAGUUAUUCUGUUACCUCAAACACUGAUUUGGAUAGCUUGAACCUUUAUAACGAGUCCAAUUUGGUGUUGGUCCAGUCAGAACCCAAGUUACUUGCUCGAUUAUUGAAUCAAAUUUACUUCAAACAGUUGAAAGUUCAAAGAGUAUACCUAGCAGAAGAUCUAUUUGGCUCAGUGGUACUUGAUUCUGCCCCCAUUCUGCCCAAAGAACUCUUGGACCAAUUCAAUUUUGUUUCCUCCACCAUCAAGGUUUAUCACCUGAUGACUGAAGUUCAUUACCAGAGAUCUAUACACGAACAGGUUUCCUUGGGAGCAACUUUACUACUAUUAAAGGAUUCUUUAAAGUGUUCAGCCAUUUCUGAUUCCUACAAACUAAACGUCUACAGGUUGAAAUUGCUUGGUUAUCUUGACGAUCAGUCCAUAAUCAAUUCAAAUCACAUACUGUGGAAACUAUCUAAUUUGUUCACAAUAUCACAGCUUCUGGAUACUAAAUGGGUACUCCUCAUGGCCACUUUAAACUAUGCUGUUGAGAAUUAUAAUGACUCGGUUAUUAGGCAGAUCAUUUUAUUCAUCUCGUUGAUCUACUAUUAUGAUUCUAAGAACUAUAAACUUUCCACUCUUCUUUAUUCCAUAGAUAAGGUUGUGGAAAGUGACAUCCUUAGUAUUCUUAACUAUCUUAAUGGUACGCAUAUUCAAGGUGUUGAUAGAGUAUACGACAGAGUUAUUAAGCUAGCCAAGCUAACCAAGCUGGCCAAGCUGGCCCCGGAACCGAAACAGAAACAGAAACCGAAACCAAUGGACACUUCUCUUACGCAGGAAAUUCUAACCUCCUUCAAACAUGGCUUCUUCAUAAAUAUAGGAUGCGUUAAAGAAGUUCACAUCAAAGAGGACUCGCACUUAAUUCGUUUUAGGAUAUGCUCAGGCUUUGAUAAGGACUCCUAUUCUAUUCCUCCUCUUUCUUUUCAAUUAAAUCCUUAUGCAGCUGAAUACUAUAGGGUCAAUGAUAUAUUCUGCUGGUUGGAUCUAGUUCAACCUGUUGAAAAGGACUCUUUCUACCCAUUCCUAGGAAUAAGUAUAACCAAAGAUGAGCUUCUCAAUGAGUAUUCAGACUACUUCAAACUGAUUAGGUAA